AUGCGGCGCAAGCGACCCUACAGGGGUGAUGCACCCCCACAGUUGCCAAUGGAAGAAGGCACCUCAAGUCAUGAUAACAGUGGUGAACAGUGCAUCACUGAAGUCGCCACCAUAGAAGAGCCCAAGGUUCAAGAUCAGGGGAGCGGCCACCCUAUCCUGGAGGGUCGCUUGCGCCGCAUGGCGGUCUCGAGCAGGUUCGCCGCCGACGAGAGGCUGGCGCUGUGUUCGCGCGACGGAGGUGACGUAGGCUUGGCGUUGGUGGCGCCGCCCGUCGGCUACUCGAUUGGCCUUGGUCCCGUGGUGUGGAUUCUGAGUGCCGAGCUGGUGCCGUGCCGGAACCGCGGCUUCUACCUGGGCGCUGCCACUGCGUUCAACUGGAUCUGCGCUCUUGUCGUCACCUGGCUGUUCGGCGUCUUGCGCGAAACGUACCACUACUCCGGCAUGGGCUGGUUCUUCAGCUCUCUCACUUUCGUCGGCGCAAUGCUUGUCAACUACUUCCUUCCGGAGACUCAAGGCCACAGCCUCGAGCAGAUUCUACUGCGACAGUUUCGCGAACGCGAGGACACGUCUAUUCAGUCAACGAGGCCCUAG